AUGGAGCAAGUGAAAGUUUUAAAUAAAUAUUACACUAAUCUAGAUUAUGAUGAUAAAAAAGAAGAAGAACUACUGAAGAAGUUAGAAAUAUUUGGUACGGAUCUAAGGCUAAAUAAGUUUGAAUUUAGCCAUGAUAUGUCAAAGAGAGAUGUAUCACAGAAUAAUAUAUACAUAUAUGAUGAUAUAAGUGCUCUUCUAAUACACGACAAAUCUUAUACAAGGAAUGAAAUGAUAAUCUUAGAAGAUUCGGACUUGUAUGCAGUUAUUAAUUGUUUAAUAAUAACAGACCACUUUCCUUUACACAAAAUAUGGGUGCAAAAAGGAGUGAAUAAGAAAUUUGUAUGGCUCAUGAAGCAUUAUCGUUCUGAAUUAUCCAUAACUAUUGAUACAUUUCAAUCAGUGAAUGAUAUUCAAUUUAUUCCAUGUGACGAAAAAGUAAAUGUAGUAUCCAUAUGGUCGGAAGAUAUUGUAGCUGCGAAGAAUUUAGCAUUAUCUAUAAAUAGUCACCUAGUAUUUAUAAAUACAUAUAUGGAUUUCCAUGGUAGUAAAAUACUUUGGAUUUAUAAACACGUAUCUAUGGGUUUGUUAAUAAGUGAUGAAUAUAUGAUGUUGAAUAUUCUUUGCGAAAAUGUAUCUCAAAAUCAAGAAUUCAGUAUGAAUGUAGUACAUUUAUCAUCUGUCGUAAAAAUAAACGAUAUUUUUGUUGGCGAUCUUUUUUAUGAUGGUGCGUGGCAAAAACCCAUGAAGGGCAUGUAUUGGAAACAUAACAAUAACAGUCUAUGGGCAAAUGCAACACACAUCGAUAUAAAGAAAUGCUAUCUAUCUGCUAGGAAAGGAUUCAAAACUUGGAGUAAUAUGUCUAUUAAGGCUAGAAUACAAAUAUUAUCUAGAUUCAUGUCCACAUUAGAACUUGCUGGCAUUGAUAUAAAAUGUUGCUAUGUAAUAGCAGCUAUAGUAGAUAGAUGGAUAAAAUUCCCAUAUCUCUGCGAAGGUAUACAAGGAUACAUUGAAAAUGAAACAAAAGAAGUAUUGUGGACUCGUAGGCCAUUAGGUGUUAUCAUACUUAGAGAGGAAAAUGAAAACAUUUUGUUUUUUCGAUUAAUGCAAACUUUAAUUGCUGGAAACUCGGUCAUUGUAAUGUUUGAUGCAAACUUCUGUAAUCCGUCAUCAUAUUAUGACAUGUUUUCGACGUGUGGAAUACCUCCAGGUGUUAUAAAUUUAUUGUCACAUGAAAAUACCGGUACGCUGGAACAUAAAUUAUGCUUACAAGAUUAUACAACGUACGCAAAUAAAUUUUUCUUGAAAGGCACUUCGUCGGAUACAUAUAUUGUUCCAUUUAGAAGACUUACUACACCAAAACUAAUUGUAAUCUCUCUUCAAUAA